CCCCCUCCCUCCCUCCCUCCCUGCCGCCCCUUUCCUUCUUGCCUUGCCCUCCCCUCCCAUCUCACACAUCCAGCGGCCAAAGGAGGAGAGAGGGAACAGCUACCAGCACCGCGCCAUGGCUUGCCUAACCGUCUACAGCACCUCGGUAACCGGCUCUCGGGAGAUCAAAUCCCAACAGAGUGAAGUGACCAGGAUUCUGGACGGAAAGAACAUCAAGUACAAUCUGGUGGACAUUUCCCAGGAUAACGCCUUGCGGGAAGAAAUGAGGGCCAAAUCGGGCAACCCAAAAGCCAUUCCUCCUCAGAUUUUCAAUGGGGACCAGUACUGUGGGGACUACGAGUUGUUUGUGGAAGCGGUGGAACAGAACACCCUGCAGGAGUUCCUGAAGUUAGCCUGAGCAUUAGCCGGAGUGUGUUCCUUUUCUUCUCCCACCCCAGCCCCUUUCUCUUCCCCCCCCC